AGCCGCGUUGUUUAUUUUAUGGGCAAAUUGUCCGUAAAUCCCGAUUUUCAAAAAUAUGUUCACAUCCAUCGGUUUGCUACAGCUGGUUAUUGAUCAAAACGAUCUUCCUCAUUGCCCAACUGCCAUACGGAUGCGAUACGCCUCCGCUACUAUGUGCGUUUCUUGCAAAAUAUCUUCUCAACUAAAUCACAGCAUUCGAAAAAACGUCGGAUUGAUAUCGCUUCCUUGAAUUGAAGAAAAAUUGUCUGAACAGUCCUUUUAUGCCGGCUACUGAACCAUACCAUUUAUCCCGGCGCCCCGGUGAAACUGUCGAUUAUUUAGUGUCGAUGCUAUCGCCGAACACUACUGAGAAAUAACGCGCGAUAAAACCCCAACAAAGGGGCCGAAAGUUCAUCCAUUUAUUUUGACUUCAAGUUUUCGGCAAACUCCAAUCGAUCCAGGUCAUAGUGCAAUAUUUCCCAGCUGAUCUAUUCUCUCUACCUCAUGAAACAUAACCAGGUGCUGGUACUCCCGUCAUUGCUUCAGCGCAACGCGGAUUAUAUUCUGCAGUACAUGCUCACACGUAAUCCCAUAAAUUGAGAAUACUUUUGACUAAUCCCCUCAUCAUCUAUGCUUCUCUUGUUAUCGUGAUCUUGACGGAAUUUACAAGCCGUUUUCUGAUUACAGAUGCAGUUAAGCCACACUGAGCUAUACACUAAACUCUCGAGAUUAUGACCUAUAUAAUAUCAUGAGAUUAAUGUGGGAUCAUAAGAACAUUAGUUCAUAUCAUUCAACAAUGGACCGCACCACUCAAGAUUGGUUAUUGAAUGCACCUAGAACCAGGUGAACCUACAGUUGUACAGUGUUUGCGUGAUGGUUGUUGCUGACAAAUGCUGCAAUGCCACUGCGAUGCCAGCUGGUAGCCAGGGUGCUGCUCGCUUCGCUACUGAAAGCAUCUCUCCUAAACUUUUUCAAUAACAUUGUCAUUCUUACCGUUAUCAUAUCGUACUCGGACUCGAGCAACUCCCAGUCGGUAACUCGCUACGCAUCUCGAAUCGUUGAGACUAAGAGUGGUCAGAUACGAGGAAUCCGCCAGGAACUAAACGGUCGUCAUCUAGAUCCCGUCGAAGUGUUCAGAGGUAUUCCCUACGCGGCGCCGCCAGUCCAAGAACUGCGUUUCAGAUCACCUCAACCUCCGCUCAGUUGGACAGGAGUGAAGCUAGCAGAUACAUUUGGCUCGGUUUGUCCUCAGAACUAUCCUGAUGUGAGUAACCGAACCAUUGCUCUCGCAGCGAUGCCACAGGGGAGAUUCUUCCAACUCAAACGUCUUCUACCGUUCCUUGCCAACCAGAGCGAGGAUUGUCUGUUCCUUAAUCUUUACAUCCCCGGUAGCGGUUCUCGAGGACUCGAGGCUCCAUAUGCAGUGAUCGUUUACGUCCACGGUGAGAGCUUUGAGUGGGGUUCUGGUAAUCCUUACGACGGUUCAGUACUAGCCAGUGCCGGGCACGUCAUCGUUGUGACUCUGAACUAUCGUCUCGGCAUCUUAGGGUUUCUGAGGACUCGUCCCGGGCCUGACACGACAGACGGCUCUGGUGGAAAUCUCGCGUUGAAAGACAUAGCCAUGGGAUUGCAAUGGGUACGAGACAAUAUUGCGGCCUUUGGUGGCGACCCCAACAGAAUUACUCUCAUCGGACACGACACUGGGGCUGCCCUGGCGAAUCUACUGCUGCUCGCUCCCUAUGGCAAAGGACUUUUGCAUCGGCUGGUUCUUUUGAGCGGCUCCGCCCUGAGUCCUUGGGCAGCUGUUCAUGAACCCGACGAUCUGAGACAGAAGAUCGCAGAGCAUUUUGAAUGCCCAUUGGAUACUGGAUCGGACGUUGCAGAUUGUUUACGCGAAAUUCCUCUUCAAACCCUCAUGGAGUUGUCAUUACCGGAAACAAGAUUCAUGCCGAGCAUUGGUCCCGGGUUGCCGGUCGACAUAAACAGCCCCGAUCCAAGCCAUGACAUGGAGAGAGACAGCGGGACCUUCGUAACGAUUCCAUUAAUCGUCGGAGUCACCACAGCCGAGAGUUAUCUCGACUUUAACGCAAACGAUAUCCAAUACGGUUUCGAAGAGGAACAAAGAAACCGGGUCCUGAGGACUUUCGUCCGUAAUGCCUACGUGUAUCAUUUGAAUGAAAUAUUUUCGGCGAUCAGGAAUGAAUACACCGACUGGGACAAGCCGGUACUGCAUCCCAUCAACAUACGAGAUUCUACGAUGGAGGCGCUCAGCGAUGGUCAUACGGUCGCCCCGCUGAUGAGGGUGGCUUUUUAUCAUGCCCGGAGGGGCGCAAAAACAUUUUUCUACCAUUUCAACUACCAGACAAAAGACAGCGAAUAUCUCCAGCGGCUGGGCAGUGUAAGGGGUGAGGAUAUUCCCUACGUUUUUGGCCUUCCCCUCGUAUCGGGGGGGACAUUUUUUCCGCAGAAUUACAGCCGUCAGGAUCAGGGAGUCGCCGAAGCUGUUCUAACGUUCUUCGCAAAUUUUGCAAAGACCGGCAACCCCAAUGAGCCGCGCAACGUCGAUUCGGUCGACUACGGAACGGUCAAGGAAAAGACGAGAUUCCGGGGCCUGAUGUGGGAGCAGUACGAGACGGGGUCACAGCAGUACCUAACGAUAGCGCUCAAGCCAAAAAUGAAAAGCCACUAUCGGGGCCAUAAAAUGGCUGUCUGGUUGAACCUGAUACCACAAUUACACCAGCCCGGAGAUGACGACGUCACGAUGCGCCAUCACCAUUUCAAAGAAAGAGGGGAUCACCUGUACGCAGGGCCAGUCCGGGAAGAAUGGCAGACGCCGAUGCUGUUGCCCGGCAACACGGUAACGACCUCGUUAUCGACGACGGAAUGCACGACCGCGAUGGGCGAGGAAUCUACCUCCGAGGUCGAAUCUGUGGCGAGUAACAUCGUCGAUGGAACGAGCGAGAGACACGACGACACCGAACUUCUCCAGAGGCUGGCGUCCCGCCACUAUUACAGCACCACAACAGCCCUAGCGAUCACAGUUGGCGUCGGAUGCAUCCUCCUCAUCCUGAACAUGCUCAUUUUCGCUGGAAUUUAUUACCAAAGGGAUCGUGAAAAGAAGAGAGCGGCCAGUGAGUGCACGCCGAACGGGCAUCAGGAUUCGCUUCCGAUGUCGGUGAGGCCGACUUCGCGGGACUCGAACGAGGACACGAGGUCAGAGGAGCCUCCUCCGUCUUACACAACCUUGGCAAGGGCCAGCCCUCCUCCGCCCUCCUCGACAAUGCCCGAACAGAGACUCUUUCGGGAUGAAACUAGUUUUUCCAGAAGCCCGGGAAUCGGGGUCGGCAAGGAGCAGGGGGCGAACCCCCACAAGGAUCCUAUCCCCCCGAAACCGCCGACUAGGACGACGAGCUCGCUGACUACUACCAGCGUCAAGAAACGCGUCCAAAUACAAGAGAUCUCCGUAUAGCAUUAGGGGCAGUCCUCGUCAGGGGACAGCAGCUCCAACGUUAAUGUGAAACGUGUCAGUUUUGCCGAGACGCGUUAUUGAUGAACGAUAUCGUCGCAGGUUCACGCUCGGCGAACGGCUACCGGCGACAAGUGUACGAGAAAUCGUUGUGUGGUGGAGAAAAAAACUGAAACUUUGUCCGUAGAUUCACGGAUUGAAUAAGUUUAGGUAUUCCAUAUAUGUAUACUCGGGACUCUCUUGAAUAUUAUUAUGCGAUAUUAAAAGUGGAGCGCAUUUUGUAUUGCCAAAGACUAUGUUCGGGUGAACUGUACGUAUUUAUUACAAUAUGUAUUACGGUCGCAGCACUGUGUAUGAGCACGAAAUUGUAGCUCCAAGUUUCGGGACUCCAAUAUUAGUCUCUAAGUGAUUAAGUAUCGUCUUUCUCCAUUCUUAUCCCCGAUAAAUCCAGUUAGCAUAGCUCCGUCAGAUUUACGAACAAUUUAGCGUUCGGAUUAUUAUAAUUCAGACCCUUACGAUUAGCCUUUACUCUACUGUAUGUCUGAGAAAUAGUUUAUUAAUAAAAGAAACUGUUGGUUGUACGUGUAAAA